UAAAAAAACAUGCAUCAAAUUAGCUGAGACUCGAAGUUGAAAAUAAGGAAAAGCACAUUUGUCGCUUUUUGUUAUCCUCGUCCUAUUCAAACUUUUAAUUUGAUUAUUAUUUUUUUAUCUUUACUCUAACUCCUAAUCAGUAAAAUGUGGCAUGCGGCCAGGAAGCAAGAAAAGGCAAUUCGGGUGAUGAUGGUAGAUUACCAGAAGAGAGCUGGCCGUCGGAGAGAAUACUACGAGCAAAUAAAACAAGAUCCCAAUCAGUUUAUAAGAGUUUAUGGUCGAUCUCUAAAAAUUCACAUAGAUCCACAGUUGGCUGCCUCUGCAGAGGGCCCACAAAUAAUGCAGCCAUGGCAAGGCGACUCAGAGGUUUUGAUUGACAGAUACGAUGUUAGGUCCCAUAUAGAUUACCUACCAACUGUCACACAUAUUGAAGAGGAACCAGAUAUAGAAGAAAGUAGAUGCAACUACGAACGUUACAGGAUUCUUGUUCAGAAUGAUUGUGCCGGAGUAUCGGAGGACCAAUGCCUGCAUCAGAUAUACAUAGAUGAACAGUUUGGUUCAAUAGAGCCGAGUGUUAAAACAGAGGAGGAAAAGAAGAAAAAAUCAGCGGAGAAAAAGGCCGCCAUUGGUUAUGUGUAUGACGAUGGUGGUGGAGGCAGUGACAGAGAUGGUGGAGGAAAAGGAGGGGGUUGUACAGGGGGUUCUGGAGGUACCUCCAGUGGUUCUGUAGGGCUCAAAAAUCACUUUGCAGGUCUUGGUGGUAAGAAAAAUGAUGACCAUUUUCUUGUUCCUGAAGAUGAUUUGUCAGAUUUUGAAGAAAUUGAUCUGGACAACAUACUAGACAUAGAACUAUUAACGAGUGAACAAGAAAAAGUCUUAAAUGGCAUUUCUCAUUCCUAUGGCAUGAUUGGUGAUGAUUAUGCUGAGUUCCUACAGAUAGAUAGAGAUGAGUUGGAAGCAUUGAGGAGAGUCAAAGAAGUUGAAGAAGCCAAAGCCCAAUUUGCCUCUAGACGUGAGAGGAGAGCGUUCAAAGACAGACGUCUGAUCAGACAUAGGAUUCAUGGUCUGCCAAGUUAUGCAGCUAAGAAAUCGAGUCCCCAGCACUUCAACUCUUCAGCCUAUAGAACGUCGUCGUCGAGGUCUCGAUCGAAAUCACCGCCGGCCAACACAGUAGAGUACAUCACCAGUUUCGGUGGAGCAGUGGAGGUGAAGUCCUCAGAUGAUGAGAAGGAUAAAAAUCUGUCGCUCCUGCCACCUGUUGUCGGGCCACUUUUACCUGGCACUGCCAAAAUUAUCAAGCCAAGUGAUAGAUCAAGGACAUCCGAGAAUGGUGAGCAAAGGAGGUCACGAUCAAGGUCAACUAGAAGAAGAUCACGUGCACGAAGUUCAAGGUCGCGCAAUUCCCCGUCGAGAAGGUCACGCAGAAGUAGGUCAAGACAAGGAGUCAAGAGACGUAGGUCAAGACAUCGAUCGAGGUCCAGUCGAAGAAGUAGAUCUAGGUCUCAUAAAAAUAGAUCAAGAUCACGUAGGAGUCGGUCGCGACAUAGAACUAGAUCGAGGUCUAGACGUAGAUACAAGUCUGUUUCUAGGCCACCCAGAGGAAGAAGAAGAUCUAGGUCAAAGUUAGACAGGCGUUAUUAUUCAAGGUCCAGGAGGAUAAGUCGAAGUUUGCAAAGGAGUUCAGCUGACAGAUCAUCGAGUUCAAGGGGUGACAAUGUUUCUGAUUCAAUCAGCAUCAUACUGAGUAGUCACAGCAGCAGC